UCAAAAGAACUCCAAAAAUCAAUACCAAAAAGUGGAGUGGGUAGAGAUGAAAUUUACGAGUCAAAGUGGCCUCAUUUUCAAUCUAUGGCAUUUUUACGGGACACAAUCAUUCCAAGAAAAACAACAUCCUCUCUGGAAAACGGUGAAUACAACUCUAACGAGGAAGACGAUUGUGAAGGAUUCUUUGCUGACUACAGAGAAGACAAAACCAAAGGGGUAGAACUAGACAAUAAUGUUCCCCGGUCAACCAAACAGCCGUUGAAUAAAAAACGGAAGGUUGAUAAUAGCAAAGCGAAAGAAAAUGUAAUACUUAAUGAAGCUAUGGCCGUAUUGUCAUCCAAAAAGGACAAAGUCAAUCACGUUGAUGUUCUUUUUGGACAAAACAUUGGGUUGAGUCUUCAAGAAAUUCCUGAUAAACGGGUAAAGAAAUAUGCUAAAGUAAAAAUACAGGAAUUAAUCUUCCAAGCACAGUUCGGGCUACUACCUUUGCCAUUUCAACUGAGUACAACUACUUCUCCCGUAGUACAAAGACAGUCAACUCCACAGAACUUGCAAGGAUCGUAUUAUUCCAGCAUGAUGACAUCCCCACACUCACCUGUAGUGUUACAGAUACCACCCCAUAAUGAGCAAGAUAUACACAGUUAUACUCAGUCUUUUGCAUCACCAAACGCUGGCAGUAAUUAAAACUCCAGUCAUAACGAAAUCAAUACAUUAUAUUUUAAAUAUUUUGUUAAAUAAAUAUUACCUUUAUA